UGUAAUAUGACUUGAGAGAUUUAAACUCUGCACACUGAGUUGAUCUCUUUUCUAUAGAUGCCGGAGGCGGGCAGCGUCAGGUAAAAAAAGUGAUUAAGCCUUUCCAAACCUGAGCCUCACGCGCCGGCGCCGCCUAUGGUAUUGGGUAUUGGUUUGCAUGAAUCGCAACCAUUUCACAUGUAUUAGAUUCAUUCAUGUUGAGAUAAACUGAGACAAAGGGAUUAGGGUAUAUCUGAUUCCCACUCCAGAGCAGAAGGUGGCGGUAUAACCACCAAUAAACUGGAUACCAACCACAGUCUAUGAUACCAACUAAUGUAAACAGAGACAAAAAUCAAUCUACUUUUAAAUGUUCACGGUUGUAAAGAUGUGAAACAACAAACAUGGCUUGAACAAUAAGGCAUGCUACAUUAUUGACUGCUCUUGGACACUUCCAUGGAUGUAUUAAGAGAACUCUGCCAUGGUUUGAUUUUGACCGCGAUCUGGCGGGAAAGGGUUUCCCCUGCAUCCUGUGUGCACUCGCGAUAUUUGGGCAUAACCGUAAACUUAACCAUCAUCAUCGCGAGAGAGGAUCAUUGAGACAAGAAAGACCGUUGGCGAAAGUUGGAGGAGGUAAGCAGAACACAUUGUCAUCUAACUGUGAAGCUGUUAAUAAAUGUCAUCAACUGCUAGUCCAUGAGCGAUAUUGUGGUAACGUUGAUAGUUAAUUUGUUAUUUAGUGUUAUUUUUUAUCUCACUUAAAAAGCCGAAUGAGCCGACAAACAUGCUAAAGCUAACGUCGUUAACUAGCUAGUCUGUGUAACUGCCAGUUAGGGAGAUGGUUCAAAUAUAGGAUAUCAGGAUUGAAAACUAAAGGACGGUAGCAUUACCCUGGGAAAGUUAAACGGAAAGUGUGCUACCCCAGGCGCUUAUAUAUGUCAGUAAUAUCAGCCCCUUUUACAAAGGAAUGUUGUGCCGUUAUUCGGCUGCGUCACGUAAAGUAGCUGCCAAGCUAGCUGCCAUGCGGAGCUAGCUGCCAUGCGGAGCUGACUGCCACUGUGGUUUUCGCUCUGCAGUUAAUGUUACGUGACGGAUGCCGCUCUGCCAGUGUCGGUAGUCGCACUCUCUGUCUGAUAAGGGGACUGAUAAGGUUUGGUGUAAAAAAAAGCAGGUUCUCUGUAACUUAACUUUCAUUGGUCUCUCAAUUUUUCACAGCAAUUUGUGACUGCAAAAGUUCCUGUGGCUGCUGUCCGUAGUUGGUUAACUAAUCUUGCUCUAUUGUGGGUUGACCUGUUUCUAGCAGUCACAAAAGUGUAUCACUCUAUAUAAAAAUAAAGGCUUUGAUAUAACCAUAAGUCUGCAGAUAAAAUACAAUGCUAAUAACCAUAGUAAGUGGGGCUCAUGUGUGCUAAAUACAACAGGUAAUACAAAUAAAUAAAUAGGAGAAGCAGACAUUUGUCAGUUUUAGUAGCCUCAUCAACUGAAUAAAUUAGCCCCAGAAGUGAGGUUGAAGUCAUGCAAAUGUACAUUUUAUGUUUUGUUUUAAUUAAGCUCUUUAUGUGUUUUUUGUCUCAGAUCAAUGGACGAUGUUGUGUGUGACACGUUGACACAGUGGCAGUUGACAGACGUUAUUGAUAGAUUUAAAGACGAGGGAAUUGACGAGGAGAGUUUUCUUCUUUUAGACGAGGGGACCAUCAGCCAAUUGAUUCCAAAAGCUGGCCCCAGGCUUAAGUUCCUCAAAAAAUGUAGAGGACUUGUAAGUAUAGUUAGAUCACUGCAGAUGUGAGAGGCUACACCCCUCCCCCACACACGCAUAUUCAUUCUGAGGAUUUGUUCAAAUUUGUGAGCAGAUGGCAUAUAUUUGCUUUAAAUGCAAAAGGCAAAUUCCAGGGGAUGCCAAGACUCUCUUUCAACAUUUACGUGCAGUACAUCAUGUAAACCAUUCAUCAACAUAUUUCCAAUGUAGUGAAACUGGUUGUGGUAGAACAUUUUCUUUUAUAAGGUCUUAUAGAAGACACCUAUUAAAGGAGCAUGAAAACCAAAGUGAUACUCUCGAUGAUCCCCUUGAAGGUCCAGCCCAGCCUGUUGACAUACAGCUUGCUGAAAAUGAGCCUGUACAGGGAGAUGAGGAAGUUGAGGAUGAAUGGGAUGAACUAGGGCAAGAUGACAUGACCAACCGGGUAGCCCUUUUUUUAGCUCAUCUGAGGUCUAAACCUUCUGUAAUUAGUAAGGAUGAUCUAAAAAAGGUUAAAGGCGCCAUGCAUCAAUCAGCAGCUCAAAUGUGGUGCCUACUUAGGUUGCUGCCGACAAUGAUAGGUGACCUGGUCCCCAUGCAUAGCAAGGAAUGGAAACUUCUCCUACUGUUACUGUUAUGUAUGGAGUUCAUCUUCUCUCCUUCUCUUACUGUUGAAGCAACACUGUACUUAGCUAAAAUCCUUGAAGAGCAUCACUCUCUCUUCCUGCAGCUCUAUCCUCUUCACCAUUUGCUGCCAAAACACCACUUCAUGCUCCAUUACCCAAGAGCCAUUCAAAAGCUCGGACCCUUGACUCAGUUUUGGGCUAUGAGAUUCGAAGCGAAACACAACUUUUUUAAACGGGUUAGCCAUGUAACAUGCAACUUCCGAAACAUUUGCAAAACCAUGGCCUUUCGCCAUCAGAUAGCGCAGUGCUAUAAUUUGCUGUGUGGAACUGUGUUGAGCCACAAUACAGAAGUUGGUCUAGGGCACACUACCUUUCUGGCCAACAUUGAGGGAGUUAAAGACAUCGAAAGUGGUCUAACAGGCAUUCCCCUUUUCAGUGAAUUGUAUGAACCAGCCUUGGUUACCUUUUAA